AAAACCAGAUGGGUGUGUUUUGCAGGAGCAGCCACAGCGUACGGUAUCGGCUUCACGGAGGUGAGGUGGGAUCAGUGGGGGGAGCUGGCUCUCGGGGGUUUCUCUGGACUCGGAGCAGCAGCACUCUUCCUCAUGACCUUCAUCAGAAACAUCUGGGUCUGCUACGCCGGAUACAUUGUAUUCAAGUGCCUGUACAUGCUGCUGAUAACAAUAGCCAUGUACCAGAUUGCAGCCGACCUGACGAUGGAGAGGUAUGCUCUGGUGUUUGGAGCGAAUAACUUUGGAGCGUUGGCUCUGCAGACCAUCAUCACCUCUGUGGUGGUGGACAGCAGAGGGCUGGGCCUGGGCAUCAUUCCUCAGUUCACCAUAUACGCCAGCUACUUCUCACUCAUCGCUGUCCUUUUCUCACUUCGGGGACUGUUCACCAUUUGGAGAAGCGACAAAGAGCCCACUGCUGCCGUCAGAAAUGACCCUCCGGACUGUGACGAACACAAAUUCUGAAUACAUGGGUUUUGACUUUGCAGAGUUAAAAGCUUCAAAUUACUGACUGCAACACCAUGAAUAUAAAUCUUUUUUUUUAUAUAUCUAUAUACAAAACAAAUGUACACGAUUCUCCAUACAUCAAUAUAAAUGAAUGGUUUGGUCAUUUCUUCUUAUUUAAAAUUCAUUUUAAUAUAUAUAUAUAUACUGUAUAUAUUUACACAUUAACUUAAAAUUCUCUAAUACCCUAAUGCAAGUGGUUUUCAGCCCAGCAGCCAUUCUCGACAGUAUACCAGAAGCUUUGUGACCCUCUGUCAGCAGGAGGGGAAGAAGCAGAGAAAUGAGACCCCCGCCCGUCCCUGACGACGCAGAUGCUUCUUUAUCUCUCGCAAACAGAAUAGGUUUUUUUUUAAAUUAUUAUUAUGGGAUACUACGGUGGCCGACAGGUGCAAACGCGUUACACCGACCCAACACAUUUCCAUAUAGGGGAAGCAAGCUGCAGUUUCCAAAAA